UGACUGCAAGCAGGGAAUUUAAGUUUGGGCCAACAUAUGUAGUUAGACCUAAAGGCAAACACCAGGCGACCAUUGUCUGGCUUCAUGGGCUUGGUGAUGAUGGCUUAAGAUGAUUAUCGACUCCAGUAAGAAAGGAGAACUGUGAUUUUUCAAACUUAUCCUGCCUAGUUAGCCCUCUAUCAUCCGUUACUCCGGCCAAGGUUUACUUCAAUUGCUUAUGCGAGAUUAUAAUCUCUAGUACUGUUUGGAAAUGAUUUGUGAAGGGGUUUGAUGUCAUUGACAUGUCCGGAGAUGCAAGUCAAGAUGUAGAGGGAAUGGAUGCUUCAGCAGGACAUGUUCUGAGCUUACUCUCUGCUGAGUCUCCAAACAUCAAAGUUGGUGUAGGAGGCUUUAGUAUGGGCGCAGCAACUGCAAUAUACUCUGCAUGUUGUUUUGCCCGAGGAAAAUUUGGAAAUGGCACUGGCUACCCUGUCCAUCUGGAUUUCGUUGUUGCUCUUAGCGGCUGGCUUCCAUAUGCAAGGGGUCUAAAUAAUGAGUUUGAAGACUAUGAAGUUGGAAGUCGGGCUGCAUCAUUACCCAUUUUGCUCUGUCAUGGCAGAGGUGAUGACGUUAUUCGUUUUCGCUAUGGUCAGAUGUCGGCAGAGAAACUAACUUCAUUUGGCUUUGAAGAUUUGACUUUCAAGUCCUUUCCCUCGCUCGGCCAUUAUACAAUCCCAGAAGAGAUGGAUGAGGUUGUCCAUUGGCUAACUUCAAAGCUAGGGCUCGAGGGUGAGCCCUAGGUUGGCCCAUAUUAUAGGUUGAUUUAGAAGCGUGAAAAAAACCAUCAAAUGUGAAAAUGAAGAAACAAGUGGAUCCAAAGGGCUGCAUCAACCAACCAACGAACCUAUCUUCCGCUGGUAUAAAGUAUGAGUCAGUUUAAGGUUCGUUGUACCAAGAACCAAACCAUGAGUUGUGACAUUCUAUGUUGUGUGGACUGGUUGUUAUAUUUCAUGCUUUUGCAGUUUUCCGCAUAUAUGGGGACUGGUAAGAAAAGAUAUCAAUCGCAGCUGUAGUAAUGGAUCAUUCUCUUGUUGAGGUGGCCAAGUCAUGUGAUUAGUAUUUUGAUCAAUGUACCCAUUUUUCUCCAAACUCCAUUUACCUCUGAGACUCUUCUAAAUAAUGAAAUGAACUAUAGUUUUAUGAACUUA